AUACCUCUCGCUGCACAAAUGGACAUUUGAAAGUGCUGUUGUCAAACACUUGCAAGCAUGGAGACUUCGUCACUGCUGUCCUCAUUGAAUGAUGAGUGUAAAUCUGACAAUUACAUUGAGCCUCACUACAAGGAAUACUAUCGAGUAGCCAUCGAUACGCUGAUUGAACAUGGGUUAGAAGCAUACCAAGAAUUUCUUGUCAAGGAGCGAGUAUCAGACUUUCUAGCUGAGGAAGAAGUUAAUUAUAUUUUGAAUAAUGUCCAAAAAAUUGCACAAAGUACAGUACAUGCUACUGAUGAUUCCUGUGAUGAUACCUCGUCCUCAGGGACUUACUGGCCCAUUGAAUCUGAUGUGGAAGCUCCCGAUCUUGACUUGGGCUGGCCAUAUGUGUUGCCUGGACUCUUAGGGGUUACCCAUGUAGACCUCCUCUUUCAUCCACCAAGAGCACAGCUACUUACAAUUAAGGAAACUAUUCGGAAAAUGAUAAAAGAAGCAAGAAAGGUCAUUGCUUUAGUGAUGGACAUGUUUACAGAUGUGGACAUUUUCAAAGAAAUAGUGGAGGCAUCAACUCGAGGGAUAUCUGUGUACAUUCUGCUCGAUGAAUCCAACUUUAAUCAUUUCCUAAAUAUGUCUGAGAAACAGGGUUGUCAAGUUCAACGUCUCAGGAAUAUUCGAGUGCGGACAGUAAAAGGCCAAGAUUAUCUUUCAAAAACAGGAGCCAAAUUUCAUGGAAAAUUGGAACAGAAAUUUUUGUUAAUUGACUGCCAGAAAGUUAUGUAUGGUUCUUACAGCUACAUGUGGUCAUUUGAAAAAGCUCACUUCAGCAUGGUUCAGAUCAUCACAGGACAACUUGUUGAGUCCUUUGAUGAAGAGUUUAGAACGCUCUAUGCCAGAUCGUGUGUCCCCAGGCCAUUCGCGCAGGAAGAAUCCACCAGGCAAAUUCAUCAGCAUGGCAAAGCCCUGUGGGAGAGCGGCAGUCACCAGCGUUCACUCUCUUCCUUAGCUUCUGUUUCCAGCCAAAGAAACUUCCUUGGUAGACAAGACAAAAUUCAUAAACUAGAUUCUAAUUACUUCAAAAACAGAGGGAUAUAUACUCGGAAUGAACAUGACAAUUUUCACAUAAGAAAUCAAGGUUACAAACCUCAUUUUGUUCCAAACUUUAAUGGUCCAAACACAAUCCGUCAGUAUCAACCCAGUCAGAAUGAAAAUUGGAAGAGACAUAGUUAUGCUGGGGAGCAGCCAGAAACGGCACCAUACCUGUUGCUGAACAGGGCUAUGAAUAGAACCAUCAAUCCCCCUGCUAAUUGGAAGAAGUCUUCGGAUAGUCUUAGUGUGGCAUCCUCAUCGCGGGGAGGCUAUGCCACCCACCAUGACCCACCUGCCCAGAGUUUUGGCAAUUGGCUUGCCCAGAGGAAAACACAUCUUGCAGACAGGAAUUCUAAUGUGCGGAGGUCUUUUAACGGGACAGAUAAUCAUGUUCGCUUUUUGCAACAACGAAUGCCAACCCUUGAAAAUACCACGAAGUCAUUCUUGCGUAACUGGAGAAUUGAAUCCUACUUAAAUGACCAUUCAGAAGCCGCACCUGAUUCUAAUGGAUCAGCUCUAGGUGACCGUUUUGAGAACUAUGAUAGUUCUGAGAAUUUGAAAGCCAAUGCCCUGUAUACCCAUGCACGGCUUCGCCCCUCUUUUGUGUUUAAACCAACUCUACCUGAGCAGCAGGAAGUCAACAGUUGUACAACUGGCUCCUCAAAUUCAACUAUCAUUGGUUCCCAGGGAAGUGACACACCUAAAGAGGUCCCAGACACCCCUACUAGUGUAGAACUUUUGACAGAUGAACCUUUGCCAGAGUCAAUCCCCAAGCAACCGUCGCAGUCAGAGACACCAAAACUGCACCACCUGCAGGCUCCUGAAAACCACCCAGCAGUCUUGAACCAAACUACACUUGGCCAUCCGGAGUCAAACUAUUUAUAUACAAACUUGUGUGUAAAUAAGCAGACAGAGAACCUAAAGAAUCAACAAAAUGAGAACCUGCUUAAAAGGCGAAGUUUCCCCUUCUUUGACCAGGCAAAAGUCAAUUUAGAUCCUGGACAUAAUAAGCAUUACGUAUAUAGUACGCUUACCAGGAAUCGAAUUAGACAACCAGAGAAACCCAAAGAGGAUUUACUGAAAAGUUCUAAAAGCAUGCACAAUGUUACUGACAGCGUGGAAGAGGAGGAGGUGACCAAGAGAGACCCUCCCAGUGGCGCAGCUACCAAGUCCAUUUCCAUCGCUGCUUUGCUUGAUGUAAAUAAAGAGGAACCUAACAGAGAACUCACUACAAAGAAAGAAGUGAAGGGUUCCCCAAGUUUUUUGAAAAAAGGAUCUCAGAAGCUAAGGUCAUUGCUUAGCCUUACUCCAGAAAAGAAAGAAAAUCUAUCCAAAAGCAAAGCAUCUCCCUUUUAUAGGAUGUGUAGUAGUUCUGACACUUUAGCAUCUGAGGCUGAAGAUAGUCAAAACCCAAGAAAGUCAGAACCAAAAGUUGAUUCAUCCCCAAGAAGAAAGCGUGCCUCCUCGUCAACCUCUCAGGGCAGCCUCCACAAGAGUAAGGAAGAUGUGACAGUUAGCUCGUCUCAGGGGGCGCAUUCUCCAUCCAGUGACAGGAAUGAGAUGAUGCCUUCUUCAAGUCCAGUUGAAAACAAGUUCUUGGAAAGAGCAGGGGAUGCCUCUGCCCCAAGAUUUAACACAGAACAGAUCCAGUACCGAGAUUCGAAGGAGAUUAAUCGAGUUGUUGCUCCUGUAAGAAAACCAGUUUCUCCUUCCAGGUCAAAGCCCAAUGAGCUGCUGAGAACUCAGUCUACUGACCGGCGCAUUUACAGUCGUUUUGAGCCAUUUUGUAAGAUUGAGAAUUCUAUUCAGCCAACAAGCAACAUGCCAAAUACCAGUAUACACCGCCCAGAAAUAAAAUCCACAACUGUGGGCAACAGCUAUGGUAGGUCCAGCCCAAGGCUUAAUUACAACACUAAUGUUUACCACACAUACCAGCCAAAUGAAAACAAGUUUCGAGGAUUUAUGCAGAAGUUUGGAAACUUCAUACAUAAAAAUAAAUGAAAAAAAUAAAUUGAAAAUAGAUAUUAAAAUACAAAAUGAAUGUGGCUAUAAAUAUUUGUCCAAAGAACAUUGUGGACAGUUUUUGUAACAUGCCA